UCUUAUUUGUUCGCGUCAAAAAUAAUUACAUUAAUUUAGAUUUAAAGUAAUCCCGAAGUAAAAGAUAGUAACUCAAAAUCAAAAUGCCAAAAAAGACUUUUCCUCAAAUUGUAUCAAUGCCUUUAAUAAGAGUGAAUCGUUGUGAUGAAAUUCCGCAAAGAACUAUUGGAAUAGACAACAUUUUACUUGAGCCGCUAUCCACAAGUCCUUAUAAAAAUAAAAUCUCAGCAUCUGAAAUAAAAAUUACAGAAGGAAUUGAGCCAGAAGACAAAUGGUCAUCAAUUUUAAUGCAACCUUCAUCGGACGAUGAAAUCGACAAGUUUAAUGAAAAUAUGAAUCAUAAGCUUAAGGAUUUUCAGCUACCGAUUGUAAUGAAAAAAGAACCUAGUAUGCUGAGUUUGAGAAAUAGAAGAGAUCCGCAAUAUCAUGGUAUUCGAGCAAUUAAACCUGCUCGAGUAGUCAAUAAAGCCGGCGAUCGAAAUAUUCAUGCCAAAAAUCUUCCGGAAAAAUCAUAUAGAUUUAUCAAAGAUCUCGUGCAUACGCUCGUAGAGACUCAAUGGCGUUAUGUAUUAUUAUUUUUUGCUUUUGCAUUCUUCGGAUCAUGGAUUUCUUUUGCUCUAAUUUAUUGGGUUAUAGCAUGGGCAAAUGGUGACCUUGAAUUUGAUGAUAGUGGUAAAAGAAUACCUAAUGGACAUAUUCCAUGCAUUGUUGAAGCAAAAUCAUUUGCCGGGUUUUUCUUAUUUAGUGUUGAAAGUCAGGUUUCAACAGGCUAUGGAACUUGGUAUCCGACUGAGCAAUGUCCUGAAGCUAUUUUUGUGUUAAUCGUUCAAUUAAUCAUAGGAUUAGUCAUUGAUGCAGCAGUUGUAGGAAUAUUCUAUGUAAAAAUUGUGCGACCCCCAAAAUACGCAGAUUUUAAAUUCAGUAAGAGAGCAGUAAUAUGUCAACGAGACGGAAAACUUUGUUUACUAUUUCGUGUUGCUGACUUCAAUCAAUCUCAUUCUAUUGAUACAAAGAUAAGAGCAUACUUAUUUGAAGAACAAAUAAGUCCCGAAGGUGAAAGGAUAGGAAAGGGUCAAAAAAGAAUAGAUUUAGAGAAUAAUGGACGAGUUUUUCUCAUUUGGCCACAGACAAUUUGUCAUUUUAUUGACGAGCAAUCACCAUUUUAUGAUAUGAGUGCAAAGGAUUUACUAGAAAGAAGGUUUGAGCUAGUUGCUUCAAUGACAGGUAUCUCAAGACAUACUGGUCAGAUGUGUCAGGCACGUAGUAGCUAUCUUUCAACAGAAAUCUUGUGGGGAUAUCGAUUUACAAAUAUAAUUCAUUAUGAUAGAAAACAUUUACAAUAUGUCAUGAAUAUAGAUAGAUUAGACGAGAUCAUACAAAUUGAUACUGCUUUAUGUUCUGCAAAAAGACACGAGGAACUUUUGCGAGAAAUUAAUGAAAUAUUAGAAAGAGACACGAUGAACAGCUGUAGCUUUGUAAAUCAAGUAGAUGAAUACGAAGAAGAAAUUGAAAAUGAUGAUGAUAGUGACGGUGGUAUUCACAUGGUGAGAUGAAAAUUCCCUCAAAGAAAAGUCUUUCAUUAUUAAAAUUUUUCACUACGUGACUUUUCUUCACAAAGGAAUAAAUUACCUGCUGAUAUGACAAAAAAAUAUUAAAGAAUA